AUGUCCCCACUGACAGCGUAUCACUCCCUCCUCCUAUGCAACCUCUCCACCGUCCAGACCAUCGAAUCCGGCCUGAGCAACAUAACGUGGUUCUUGCCAGGUCGAUUCGAAGACGCUGAACUGGCUUCAGAGGGGUUAUACGCCUUGUUAGGCUUAGUAUCGAACUAUCACGAUCAAAUCCUUCGUUCUCAUAUUCCUCGUGAACUGUCUUUACCACCUCAUCCUUUCAUAGAUCAGUCAAAGCUCCCUGCUUCGAGCCACACGGGUAUUAAUAGUAAUAGUGGCACGGUAGGAAGGAUAUCUCCUUUACUUCCCGCUGAAUCUGAACAUACUCGAUAUACUCGAUAUUGGACGAAACAAUCGCCAACUUACAGAAGAGCGAGUAAGGCAUUGACUACCAUUGGGUAUCUGGAGUUGGUCGUGGAGAUGAUUGCGAUGAAGAAAGGUGGAGAUAGAUUUAGAUGGAGAGUUGUAUUGAUAAUCGAAUUGAUCAAAACAUUCCUCCGUCUGACUAUUUUGAGAAUAACCAAACGACCGGUCUUAUCUCCUUGUACUCCUCAACGAGAGAUUGAUCCUUCUUCUCUACCUUCCGAGAUCCUAUCCUCUUCUUCAUCAUCAAACGAAGAUCAGUCAACCAGCAAGAUGAAAUUAACACCCCUAACACAGCUACUUACACCCUACGCACCUCUGAAAGAUCAUCUAUACCCUAUGAUCGACAAUCUCCCUGAAUCGCAUUUGACCCAUCCUCUCAACCUGAUCAAGGAGUUGAAAGGGAAGGAAUACAUUUCAGAAAUUAUUUGGAGCUCGGUAGGGUUAAUCCACGUUUUAUUACUUAUGAGGACUUCUCGCCAGUCAAAUGCCUCAGCAUACAAACCCCUUUCUCUACCUACACUCUCCCGCUCGUAUAUCCCUUACCUAUCAACUCUCCGUCUCCUCCUGCUUGCUAGGGUCAUGCGUCCUUCCCAUAAAUCUUCAAAUCUCGGUAUGACCCACAAUUCCUCCCAAGAUAGGAAGCUGCUAGCCAGGGCAUUCUUAACCGGUCCAAUGUGGUUGGGAUUCACCCGACCAAAGGUACUGGGUUUGACGAAGUUGGUGGAGAAAAUACCCAUCGUAGGGCUUGUGGGUGAUUUGGUUGAAGGUUAUCUACCUCUGGUGGAUGAUUAUUUCUAUUAUACCUCUUCGUAA